AUGCCUGUCGACUACAGCAAAUGGGACGCGCUGGAGCUCAGCGACGACUCCGACAUCGAGGUGCACCCUAACGUCGACAAGCGGUCCUUUAUUCGGGCGAAGCAGAACCAGAUCCAUCAGGAACGGCAGCACCGGAAGCUGCAGAUCGAGACGUACAAGUAUGAGCGCGUCAUCAACGACGGGCUGCUGUCCCGCAUCUCGGCGCUGCUCGCGUCACUGAGAGCCCACGCCUCCGAGGCGGCGACCCGGAACCCCGGCGAGAUUGCGUUCCAGGCAGUCAUGGAGACCGCGGGAAACCCAAAGGACGACCGGCCGCCGCCACCGCCCGAGGGCGUACACAGCGGUGAACAGGAGCAGCCCACGUACUCCAAGAUGAUGGCGGCCCUCCUAGACCAGGUGAACAAGGCUCUCGACGAGAAGAAGCCCGACGACCGGUACAGCGGCAUGAUUGAGGAAAUCCAAGGUCACCAUGACAAGGUCGAGAACCUGCAGAAAGAGCUGCUGCAGAAGCUGGAGGAGCUGGAGAAGGAGGACAAGAAGAAGAUUACCAGCGCGGACAUUCACACGGGUUUCGACAGCUCACACGUGGCCAAGGCGACGGCGGCAGACAAGAAGGACUCUACGCAGGUGGAGCUCCUGAACCCCAGCUUUUCGACGACGACAGACUCCGGGCCAUCGCAAACGAGCGCCGCAGCCGCCGAUGACGACGAGGAGAUUGAAGCGUCACCCGAUGCCAAGACAUUUGCGCAGAUCCCGGCCAACGAGUAUCCGCGCAGCCUGCAGUUCCUGCUCCAGCACCCGCAAAUCCUGACGGAGCGCGAGACAGACGGUCUCCUGGUGCUGGCGUUCGACGCUGCGCUGGAGCGCAAGGACGACUACUCGCGGCAGUGCGUGCACCAGGCGCUGCUGCUCCAGUACUGCCGGGCGCUGGGCAAGGAUGGGGUGCAGCUCUUCUUCAAGCGCAUCAUGACCAAGGGCCACCAGGCGCAGGAGGUCUUCUACAAGGACGUUCAGGAGACGUACAUGCGAAUCAAGAACCGAUCGCGCGAGAUCUUGGCGGAGCGGGCAAAGGAGCCGGCAGAGGGCGUGGAGCAGAUCCAGCUGCACGCUGUGGAGCCGGGCACCGUCAUCAACGUGCGCGUACCGCCGACGAACAGCGAGGACCCGGAGGAGCAGAAGGCUCGGGCCAUCUUUGACGGGUUCAAGCCCGAGAUGAAGAAGGCGCUGGAGACGGGGGAGCUUGACGAGGUGAACAAGGUUCUGGGCAGGCUCGGGGUGGAGGAGGCGGAGGAGCUGGUAAACCUAUUUGGAGAGGCCAACAUCCUCAGUCUUGAGGAGCAAAUCAUCGACGCUACGACGGAGGAGGGACAGAAGCAGCUGAAGGAGAUGGAGGCUGCGGUGGCGGCCGAGAGCAAGAAUGAGCUCGCCGAGGACCCUGAGUAG